AUGGGCGGCAAAGAUUACGAUCCUAUGCGGACAGCGCGGUCGCUCUUGAUCGGGUCGAUAUCGUCGAUUCCCAGCUACGAAUGGUUCGUGUGGCUCUCGAAUAACUUCAACUACCCGUCGCGCUUCCUCUCGCUUGCCACGAAGGUCGUCAUCAACCAGAUCUGCUUCACGCCCGUGUUCAACACAUACUUCUUUGGCAUGCAAGCUCUGCUUUCGGGAGCGACGUUGCCGGAGACAUGGGAGCGCAUCACGCAGACGGUCCCUGUCAGCUGUGUGAACUCGUGCAAGCUGUGGCCUGCCGUGACCGCGUUCAGCUUCGCGUUUCUUCCCCUCGAGUACCGGCCGCUUUUCGGUGGCGCCAUCGCUGUUGCCUGGCAGACGUAUCUCAGCUACCUCAACCGGAUCGCGGAGCAGAGCAUGAGGGAAAAGCAUAAGCUGCUAGGGCAGGCUGGUGCGGCGCAGGCAGAACGAGUGCCGGUGGCUGCAUAA